AUGGACGAUACAAUGGAGAAAGUGACAUCCAAGACGGGCAAGAGGCGUCAGUCGACAGCGACUCUUAGUUCAAUGCCCCAGGCUGGAGAUAGUGAGCUGUUAGCGACCCUCGGGUACAAGCAGGAAUUGCGGCGCCAUUAUUCGACACUUCAGAUAUUUGCUGUCGCGUUUAGUAUUAUGGGGCUUUUACCUUCCAUUGCGACGACGUUGGCAUUUUCAAUGCCUGCUGGUCCUGUGGGAAUGGUUUGGGCCGAUCUGGCAUCCGCAAUGCCCACAGCAGGUGGGCUCUACUUCUGGACGCAUUACUUCGCAUCCGAGAAGUGGAAGAACCCGCUCAGUUUCCUCGUCGGAUAUAGCAAUACCCUCGGCUUGAUUGGAGGCAUCUGCUCCAUUGAUUAUGGUUUUGCCAACAUGCUCCUAUCAGUCAUCUCCCUCGCCCGCGAUGGAAAUUGGUCCGCAACACGACCUAUCAUCUACGGCACAUACGUAGCAACAGUUGUCUCGCACGGCUUCAUCGCAAUCUUCUUCGCCCGCAUCAUGCCAAAAAUCCAAUCCGCCUGUAUCUUCCUCAACAUCGCCCUCGUGCUAGCAACAGUCAUCGCCUUACCCAUCGGAAAAUCAAAUAACAGCCCCCCAGUCAACCCAGGCUCGUAUGUCUUCGGCGAAAUCCAGAACUCCACUGCAUGGCCAACCGGCUGGGCAUUCAUUAUGGCGUGGCUCUCGCCAAUCUGGACGAUUGGCGCGUUCGAUUCUUGCGUACAUAUGAGCGAGGAAGCGACGCAUGCUGCGCGUGCUGUGCCGUUGGGGAUCAUCUCUUCUGCUGGAUUGUGUGGUCUCCUCGGGUUUGUUUCGUUGGCGGUUAUUGCAGCUUCAAUGGAUAGGAAUAUUGAGGGGAUCCUGGGCUCCAAGUUCGGUCAGCCUAUGACACAGAUCUACUACGAUGCCCUCGGUAAAAGCGGUGCCCUCGGUUUCAUGUCUGUGGUAAUGAUCGUGCAAUUCUUUAUGGGACUGAGCAUUGUCCUAGCCGCCUCCCGCCAAAGUUGGGCUUUCUCUCGUGACAACGCCCUACCGCUAUCCUCCUUCUUCUGCAAAGUAAGCCAGCGCAAAUUCAUGCGCUACCAGCCCGUCCGCAUGGUGUGUGGUGUGGUCGUCGCAUCGGCACUCAUCGGUCUCCUCUGUCUAAUCGACGAAGCCGCCGCCAACGCCCUCUUUUCGCUCGCCGUAGCCGGAAACGAUCUUGCAUGGUUAACGCCCAUCCUGGCGCGUCUGGUCUGGGGCGGUGAUCGCUUCAUCCCCGGUGAAUUCUAUACCGGCAAGUAUCUCAGUAAGCCUAUUGGCUGGGUGGCGGUCAUCUAUAUGAUGUUCGUUAUUGUUCUUAGUAUGAUUCCUUCCGAGGGGCCGAAUCCGUCGGCGCAAACUAUGAACUAUACGAUUGUCAUUAAUGGGAGUCUAUGGGUUGGGGCGUUGAUUUAUUAUUAUGUUCAUGCGAGGAAGACGUUCAAAGGGCCUAUGACUAAUAUUAGUCCCGAGGAUGAGGGAAUGGCUUUGGAGAAGGAUUCUAAGAGAUAG